GCCAUCCACGGCCUCGCCCACGCGGCCCCCGCCCCCUCCCGGGAUCUGGCAGCGGGCUGGGAUGUAGGCGGUGGAGUAAGCAGUGCCGGAGCGGAGCGCGGCCACGGGCCGGGGGCGGCGGGGUGUAGGGAUGGAGGGAAGGUGUUGGCCAUCCUGCUGAGAGCACCCCGGGGCGGCCCCAGAAAAGGCGAAGAGGAAUCCUGGAGGAGCAGGGGGAGGGAGCUCAGCUGGGAGUGAGCGCCCGGCCGGAAGCGCCCCGACUGCCACGGAGAGCUGUCUCCGCUCUGGCACGCUCUGAGGGGUUCCCUCCUCCAUUUUGUGGCUCUUCAAACAUGGCCAGAUGGACAAAGUUGGAGGCCUAGCGCUCCCCAUUCCGCUUCCCUGUCCCCUGCUCCUUCCUUCAGCGAGGAGCUGCCUCGACUUGACCAGCACUGACCGUCCCAGUUCCCUGGAGAGCUAGUCCCUGAGGGCGGGAAGCCAGGGUAGCUGCUCUGUCCUCACCUUAUGGUGUCCGGAAUUGGUGGGUUCUUGGUCUCACUGACUUCGAGAAUGAAGCCGCGGACCCUCGCGGUGAGUGUUACCGUUCUUAAAGGCGGCGUGUCCGGAGUUUGUUCCUUCUGAUGUUCGGAUGUGUUCAGAGUUUCUUCCUUCUGGUGUGUUCGCGGUCUCGCUGGCGGGUUCGCGGUCUCGCUGGCUCAGGAGUGAAGCUACAGACCUUUGCGUUUUUCGUACUCCCAACAAAGAAGGCGAGUUUUCCUGCUUCCAUGAAGAUAGAGAGGAGGCAACUCCUUUCUGGAAUUUCAUCUGGCUUCCAGCAGGGAAGUGGGGCUGGAGCCAAUUGUUUUAUAUCUCAAGCAGUUUAUCUUAAUAUGACAAGUGAGAUUUGAGACAAGUCACAGGACUCAAACACAUACCUAUUAUCAGCCGGGAGCUGCAGCUCGGGCACAGCCGGCGGCUGCGCCCUGCCACCACCAUGAGGGCCAAGGGCCUCGGUGGCCUGGAGCGCUUCUGCAGCCCCGGCAAGGGCCAGGGACUGUGGGCUCUGCAGCCCUUCCAGGUGGGGGACUUGCUGUUCUCCUGCCCGCCCUGUGCCUAUGUGCUCAUGGUCAACGAGCGGGGCAACCACUGCGAGUACUGCUUCGCCAGGUAAGAAGGAUUGUCCAAACGUGGAAGAUGCAAGCAGGCAUUUUACUGCAAUGUGGAGUGUCAGAAAGAAGAUUGGCCCAUGCACAAGCUGGAAUGUUCUCCCAUGGUUGUUUUUGGGGAAAACUGGAAUCCCUCAGAGACUGUAAGACUAACAGCAAGGAUUCUGGCCAAACAGAAAAUCCACCCAGAGAGAACACCUUCAGAAAAAUUGUUAGCUGUGAAGGAGUUUGAAUCACAUCUGGAUAACUUAGACAACGAGAAGAAGGAUUUGAUUCAGAGUGACAUAGCUGCUCUCCAUCACUUUUACUCCAAGCAUCUCAAAUUCCCUGACAAUGAUAGCCUCGUAGUACUCUUUGCACAGGUUAACUGUAAUGGCUUCACAAUUGAAGAUGAAGAACUUGCUCAUUUGGGAUCAGCGAUAUUUCCUGAUGUCACAUUGAUGAAUCAUAGCUGUUGCCCCAAUGUCAUUGUGACCUACAAAGGGACCCUGGCAGAAGUCAGAGCUGUACAGGAAAUCAAGCCGGGAGAGGAGGUUUUUACCAGCUAUAUUGAUCUCCUGUACCCAACGGAAGAUAGAAAUGACCGGUUAAGAGAUUCUUAUUUCUUUACCUGUGAGUGCCAGGAGUGCACCACCAAGGACAAGGAUAAGGCCAAGGUGGAAAUCCGGAAGCUCAGCGAUCCCCCAAAGGCAGAAGCCAUCCGAGACGUGGUCAGAUAUGCAUGCAACAUCAUUGAAGAGUUCCGGAGGGCCAAGCACUAUAAAUCCCCUAGUGAGCUGCUGGAGAUCUGUGAGCUCAGCCAGGAGAAGAUGAGCUCCGUGUUUGAGGACAGUAACGUGUACAUGUUGCACAUGAUGUACCAGACCAUGGGUGUCUGCUUGUACAUGCAGGACUGGGAAGGAGCCCUGCAAUACGGACAGAAAAUCAUUAAGCCCUACAGUAAGCACUAUCCUUUGUACUCCCUCAACGUGGCCUCCAUGUGGUUGAAGCUAGGGAGACUCUACAUGGGCCUGGAACACAAAGCUGCAGGGGAGAAAGCCCUGAAGAAGGCCAUUGCAAUCAUGGAAGUAGCUCACGGCAAAGAUCAUCCAUAUAUUUCUGAGAUCAAACAGGAAAUUGAAAGCCACUGAAACUGCAGCAUUUCAGUUUUCAUUUAAACACUUAGUUCAGAAACCUUAAAGGAUUUGAAUAUUCCAAAUUGCACACGUCACUCUAGCAUCUCUGUAAAAUAAUUGGAAUGAAAAUACUUCUUGCACUUAAACAUUGCACAUGCCAUACUUUGAGGUUAGUCUGAAUCUUGAACUUUAAUACCAAAUUAAUUUUGAAUGCUUUUGUUUCCUAAGAGAUAAUGGCAUGGUUUCAUAUGUUAUACUUUGGACAGACAGAGUUUUAAAAAUGGAAUUAUUUUUUCUUUCAUGCCUCUUGUAAUGUUCUGAACAAACUUGAAUGAUGAAAGAAAAUAAAAGAGAUAUCAGAAAAAAAAAAAAAAAAA